UUUGUUGCCAUCAGUAACACCUCUCUGGUCUUUCCUCCGUAGCAGACAAGAUGACUCACCACUGUACCAAGUUCUCCGGCCACUGGAAGAUCAUCGUGUACGACGAGGAGUGCUUCCAGGGCCGUCGCCAUGAGUUCACCUCUGAGUGCUGCAACGUGAUGGAGUUCGGCUUUGAGACUGUCCGCUCCCUCAGGGUAGAGAGUGGCGCCUGGGUUGGCUAUGAGCAUGCCUCCUACCAGGGCCAGCAGUUUGUGCUGGAGAGAGGCGAGUACCCCCAGUGCGACGCCUUCGGGGGUAGCAAUGCCUACCACAUCGAGAGAAUGACCUCUUUCAGGCCCAUUGCCUGUGCUAACCACAGAGAAUGCCGUAUGACCAUCUUUGAGCGCGAGAACUUCCUUGGCCGCAAGGGCGAGCUGAGCGACGACUACCCCUCACUGCAGGCCAUGGGCUGGUGCAACAACGAAGUGGGCUCCCUGCGUGUCCAGUCUGGAGCUUUCGUGUGCUACCAGUACCCUGGCUACCGCGGGUAUCAGUACAUCAUGGAGUGUGACCGCCACUGUGGGGAGUACAAACACUUCAGGGAGUUCGGCUCUCACUCUCAGACCCCUCAGAUUCAGUCCAUCCGCCGCAUCCAGCAGUAACCUCGCUGCCCGACUCUCCCUCACAAACUCUCUCCCCCUGCUGCCCAGUGCUGAAUAAACUGUCUUUCUUAAACUUCA